UUUAUUGUCUAAUUUCUUGUAGAAAUCCUGAAAGGAAAACCAAAGAUGCUCAGCUUCGAGCUGUAAUGAACCAGCAACUGAAAGACAGUGGUGAAAGAGAAAAAAAUCCUGAAAGGAAAGCGAAAGAUGCUCAGCUUCGAGCUGUAAUAAACCAGCAACUGAUGGAGAGCGGUGAAAGAGAAAGGUUAAAGGAGUUAUUAAGAACUCGAUUAAUUGAAUGUGGAUGGAGGGACCAACUGAAAGCACAUUGCAAAGACAUAGUGAAGAAAAAAGGACUUGAAUGUGUAACGGUGGAUGAUUUGGUCACACAGAUAACACCAACUGGUCGAGCUCUUGUUCCUGAUGAUGUUAAACGAGAACUCCUUCAACGAAUUCGAACAUUCCUUUCACAACAAACCCCUAAUAUGUGGUAAUGAUACUAAAUUCCAUGGCAUACUGAACGAUGUCGUUUUCAGCAAAAUGAUGACAAAAGAAACGAUACAAAACCAAUUGGUGACAGCAAUAAAAAUGCCCAUAUUUUUUAGAAACAAAUCUAAAUACCAUUUUUUUUUCCCUCUCUUUCUCCCUGCUCAGUUUUUCUUAUGUUGUAUUGUCAUUCAUUUCCCUUUGCAGCCUCAACAGUAUUCUUUCAUCUUCUCAUAGUUCUACACUGCAAGGACUUUCCAUUAUAUUGAAGAGAGUAAUUUACUUUAACCCUGUACAUGUAUUAUAAUUAAUAAAAUCUUCGUGGACUGCA